CAUUGUGCCGGCGUCGUUGUCAUUUUGUUUCAUUUUUGUUAGGCUUGUAAUUUAUUAAAAUUAAACAUUUUGCGUUAAUUUGGCAAAUUCAUUAUGGCCAAUUUGUCUUCGGUACCGUAUUCUGUAAGCGAAAAUAUUAAAGAAUUAAUUCCCAAGUCAAAAAUUCUAGUAGUAGGAGCCGGAGGAAUAGGUUGUGAAGUUUUAAAAAAUUUGGCAUUAUCUGGUUUUCAAGACAUAGAAAUUAUCGAUUUGGAUACCAUCGAUGUUAGCAAUCUCAACAGACAGUUUUUGUUUCGCAAGGAACAUGUGGGAAAACCUAAAGCAGUUGUAGCCCGCGAAAGUAUAUUAAGUUAUAACCCCAAUAUUAAUAUUAAGGCUUACCAUGACAGUAUCACAAGUCAAGACUAUGGUGUAAAUUUCUUCAAAAGAUUCAGUCUAGUGCUGAACGCUUUGGACAAUAGAGCUGCACGAAAUCACGUGAAUCGGAUGUGUCUAGCGGCAGACGUACCUCUGAUUGAAUCAGGAACAUCCGGAUACUCUGGGCAAGUCGAACUUAUAAAAAAAGGGGUCACUCAGUGUUACGAGUGCCAACCAAAACCUCCUCAAAAGACUUAUCCAGGUUGCACUAUCCGUAACACACCGUCAGAGCCAGUCCAUUGCAUCGUGUGGGCAAAGCAUUUAUUUAAUCAGUUAUUCGGAGAAGAUGAUCCGGAUCAGGAUGUGUCUCCAGACGCUGAAGAUCCCGAAGCGAAAAUCGAUGGCGAGCAUAGCGUGACAGAUGCAGGGAAUAUUAAAAGAACGUCUACUCGUCAAUGGGCCCAGGACAAUAACUAUGAUCCAGCAAAACUAUUUGAUAAAUUCUUCAAAGCGGACAUCGAAUACUUAUUGAGCAUGGAAAACCUGUGGAAAACUCGGAAACCGCCCGUCCCCCUUUCAUGGGACCAAGCCGCUUCGCAUGGAGGUGAUUCCAAGAAGGAAGAAGACGAGGUCCGAGCGGUGGAUAUGCAAGUUUGGUCGUUGAGCAAAUGCGCUAAAGUGUUUGCCAGUACCAUUUCCCAACUGAAAACCGAACUUGCCGAUAGAAACUUCUUGGUAUGGGACAAAGACGACAAACCGGCAAUGGAUUUCGUCACCGCCUGCGCCAAUAUCAGGGCUCACAUCUUCUCCAUUCAGCAGAAAUCGAGAUUCGCUAUAAAAUCUAUUGCCGGAAAUAUUAUUCCUGCUAUAGCCACCGCCAACGCGAUGAUUGCCGGACUAGUGGUGCUGCACGCUUUUUGGGUUCUCGAUCAGGAAUACGAGAAGUGCCCUUCGAUUUACCUUAGGAAGAAAUCGGUACACUCCAAGUUCAUCCUGGCCGCUGAUAAGCAGAUCUCCAGGGCCAAUCCGACGUGUUACGUUUGCAGCCCGAAGCCGUUCGUUAACGUCUUCGUUAACGUUAAUACGAUGACGGUAAAGGAGUUCGAGAACGAAUUACUUAAGAAACACUUGAAUAUGGUCGCUCCAGACGCUGUUUUGGACGGGAAAGGCGUCGUCGUGAUUUCGUCCGAGGAAGGAGAAACUCAGGCGAACGACGAAAAAAAACUUACCGAACUUGGCAUCGUCGACGGAAGCAUUUUGAAGUGCGACGAUUUUCUACAAAAUUACGAAUUGACCGUAGCCAUAAAUCACUACGAGGCAAAAGAAAAGGACGAUCCGCCUUAUAAAGUGGUUGCCAACCCAGAGGAACUGAAAGCCAAGGAAACUGCUAAUGGUCGAGAAAACGGUGCUGAUAACAAAAAUGAUAGUAACGAGGAGAGCGACGAGGACGAUCUAAUGGUGAUCGAGUACGAUGAAGAGGACCCUCAGGAGGGAUCGUCGAGCAAGAAAAGGAAAAUUAAUCCGCCUGAAGAUAAAGCCGACGAGGACGAUGAUUUGUGUGUUAUAGAGGACUAAUUAUUUCCAUAAAAAUAUUUUGUAUUUAUUUUGUAUGAACGUACACAUUACAUUGUUUUUUAGAAAUAAUUUUUUUAUUUUUGGCUGUACGGGUUUCUGAUCAAACUUGUAAAUGUUAUAAAGAUACUGGAAGAACAUUAAAGAUUAAAAACUCA